AUGGAAGUAUCUGGAAAAGCUGAAAAAUUAUUAGAUGUCGUUCCAUUUUCGUUUAUAUUAGGAUUUUACACUGAUGUUGUCUUGUUUCGAUGGUGGAGAUAUUUUAGCAGUAUACCUUACCCUGAUAGAUUAGCCUUUUUAAUAUCCACACAUAUCCAUGGCACGGAAGAGAGAGCAAGACUUAUAAGGAGAACAUUAAUGAGAUAUAUUAAUUUGACAUUUAUAAACGUAUUCAGAAAUUUGGCAAUUUCCACAAGAAAAAGAUUUCCUACAUUAGAUCAUUUAGUCGUAUCCGGCAUCUUAAUUGAAAACGAAAAAAAGAUAUUGCAAACAUUUGCUCCAGGAGACGUGUGGUGGGUAACUUUAAUAUGGUCAAUAGCAUUAAUUAAUAAAGCGCGUUCUGAGGGUUACAUAAGAGAUCAAUUUAGCACAAUAGAUCUAAUAAAAGAGUUAAUGAAAUUGAGAGGAAAUAUGGGAAGAUUGCUGGGGCAAGAUUGGAUAAGUUUUCCAUUAGUAUACACUCAAGCAGCUGAAGUAUGUUUAAAUCCUAUGGGCGAGGAUGACGAUGAUUUUCCUAUUAACUGGUUAAUAGAUAGAAAUCUUUACAUAUCUUAUAUAUUGAUUGAUGAAAUGCACCAAGUAUGUCCACCAAUAAUCAAGGAUAAUUUCUGGGAUAAAGAAAUAGCUCGACUUCCUUAUAAUCAGGCCACUAAAAAAUUUAAAAUUUUCCAGCCAUUUGAAGGUUCUGCUGCAAAACUCAUGGAAACUAUAAAUGAAAAACCCGAUAUCUCGAAAUUUUCUGAUAAUGCUGAAUCUGAAAAGGACAGGAUAUUAAAUUUGGAGUCAAAUUUAGCCGGCCAAGAAAAAGAAGACCCAAAGAUUCUUGAAAAAUUACCCGAAAAUGAUUUAUUAUUUAGAUCUUUGGAUAAAACUGGAAGCGAAAAAUCUUAA